AUGACUGAACAGUUUUUAAACAAUUAUUCCAACCUUUAUAAAAAAUUAUCUCCAAUUCCUUCGUAUUCGAAUUUUUAUAAACAAUCAAAUGAUAUUUUACAUUUUAAAUUACCAAAUCAUGGACUUCAUUUAAACAUAAAUAGACAAACUAGUCAAUACACAGCAAGUUCCUUUUCCAUUUCAAAUGAUUCAUCCAUAUAUUUUUCAUUAGCUCAUCUUUAUAAUUCUCAAAAUGAUAAAUUCGUUACAUUUGGGAAACUUUAUUAUCCAACAAAAGUUUUAAACUCCAUGAUUAUUUAUAAACUUAAACCAAAUUUGAAUUUAAAUUUAAAAAUAUAUAGUAAUCUUUAUUCCAAAUCUUACAUUUCAAUCAUCUUAUCAAAUAUUAACGAAAAAAAGGCAUCCAAUAAUGAAUGGAUUUUUAUUUCAAAUGAUAAAAUUUUGGGUCAUAGAUACUUGAAACAAUUUAAAACAAAUACAAAUAGUACAAGUACAAAGAAUACAAUUGCAAAUACAACUUCUAUGAUCACAAUUGGAUAUGAAGUUUGGUGUUCUUUAUCUUCAUUUGCUCCAUCGAUAAGUCUCGGAAUAAAACAUGAUACACCAAAUAAUUGUUUUUCAUUAGGACUCAACCCUCUGUUUGGAAGAAUAUCUUCUUCUUAUACAGCAAAUAUUUUCGAUAUUUUCUCACUUUAUAAUGGUAAUAAAAUUAAUCCAUCAAUUGCAAAGGCAGGAAUCCGAUAUGUUUAUAAUUUAUAUUCAAUGGAAAGUAAAUUAGAAUUAGGUAUAAUUAAUGAUCAAUUGAAAUUGUCAAUUAAUAAUAAUGAAAUUAAAUUAUUAUUUAAAAAAUUUUAUUUUAAUAACAAGGAUUGGAAUUUUAAAAUUGGAUUUAGAAUAGAUAAAAAUGGUGACUGGAAAAAUUAUUUAGGAUGUGAAUUCACUUAUGAUAAUAAUGAUUUAUCAGCUUCUAAGGAUAUGGAAUCUAUUCAACCUAAAGAAUAUUUUCCUACACAAAUCUCAAAAUCAGUUGACAACAAUAACAAAAUUUCCUCCGUAAGAGGUAACCUCCAUUCUAAAUCAGCUUCAUAUGAUGAUUCAAAAUUGGAUCUGACAGAAAAAAAGUUAAGUCAAAUAAUAAAAUAA